AUGGAUGUUGAAGAAAUAGAAGCUGUGUAUAAGGAAAUUUCUUUGGAAUUUGCAAAAGCAGAUGUGACCGAGAACAAAAGUGAGAAAACGGUGCAGCAAAAAGAUGGUGCGGUUGAGGAAGUCGAUGAGGAGGAUGAGGAAGAUUAUGAUUGCAAUGAAUGUCAUAAUUUUGUUUCAAGGAACUGCGAUUGGGAUGAUGGGAAGGAUGAUGAAGGAGGGACUGGUGGGGGACAAAGUGGUGGACCAGCUAAAAAACGAAAUGUAAGUGUACGUGAUCAGGUGUCUAAAAGAAUGGCAGUGGGAGGAAAAAAAAGUGGAUUGCUCGUGUAG